AUGGAAAGAACAACAAACAACACAACGACCUCAAGCCCUAACACAUCUCCUUACAGAAUUCCUUCACACGUUUUCGCAAGAACAACAUCUACGGCUCCAGUUGAAUGGAGUACUCUCUCCAAUGAAUCUCUCUUUAGCAUUCACAUGGGAAACAAUAGCUUCACCGGACGAGAGUACUUCAAAUCCGGUGAGCUUACGUUUCCUCAGCCUCCUUCACCAAUGACUCCUACUUUGCCUUCUCCUUUACCGUCUCCGCGCCACAACGAAAACGAAAGAGGAGGAGGCCAAGGAAGCAGAGUCGUGGAGGAGGCUAAAACUCCGGUGGAUAUAGGCAAGAAAGCAGCUGAAACGGAUAAAGCUUACCGCGCAAGUAAAGAUGAAGAACAAAAGGCUGCAGCAAGUAUUAGAGAGGUUAUUAUGGCUAAUGAAGCUGCUAAUAAAGACGAAAACAACAACAAAACCAAUAAGUUAGAUCGUUCGAUCUCUCGUCGCUCGGAAAAUCUAAGCGUCAAGUCGUUUGCUUUUCCAAUAUUGGGAAAUGCAGACAAGGGUGGAUUACAAGGUUCAACGCCGCAAAAGAAACAGGGGAAAUCAUCACAGCCAGAGACACCGAAGAUUUUGAAUGAGGGUGAAGGAGAUAAAGGAUUAAAGAAAGAAGAAGCUCCUAAGUCAGUAACUCCUAAAGCAGAAGCUGAUCGCGCCUCUAGUCGCAAUCCAAAAUGGCUAUCUUGCUUCCCUUGCUGCACAACAUUCUGUGUCUAG